CGGGGCCGCGCGUGAGCGAGCGGAGCGCAGCCCGCACCCCGGCUGGUGGCCUGCCCCGCCCACGUGGGGCCGCGGCCGGUCGAAUGACUCCGUGCAACGUGUUGGCGGCGGCGGCGGCGGCGGCGGCGGCGCGGGCUCUUCCGGGCGCCGCAGUUUCCUGCCAAACACCGCGCAGCCGCCUCGGCAGCGGGAGUCUCGGUUGCAGGCCUGGCGCGGGUGCGGGACCGGGCUCAGCUGCGCGCCCUGCCCGCCCGCCGGCACCAUGCGCGCCGCGCCGCUGCUGCCGCUGCUGCUCGUGCUCCUGGCCGCGCCCGCUGCCCGCGCGAUCCGUGCCCAGGUGGUCGCGGAGCCGCAGCCCCAGCCCCCGGCGCCCGGCUCCCGGCCAGUGAACACCACCCGGACCGGGUCGGGGGCGGCGGCGGUGACGGGCGGCGGCGGCAGCUCCAACAGCAGCGGCGACGCCCUGGUGACGCGCAUCUCCAGCCUGCUCCGCGACCUGCCCACCCUGAAGGCGGCCGUGAUCGUGGCGUGCGCCUUCACCGCCUUCCUCAUCGCCUGCCUGCUGCUGCGCGUCUUCAGGUCCGGAAAGAGGUUGAAGAAGACCCGCAAGUAUGACAUCAUCACCACCCCGGCUGAGCGCGUGGAAAUGGCCCCGCUGAAUGAAGAGGAUGAUGAGGAUGAAGACUCUACAGUAUUUGACAUCAAAUACAGGUAAAACCGGUUUCCCAGCGUGCUGGCAUCCUGUGGAAAGUUGGUCAGCUGCACCUGGGCGGGAAGGAUCUGGAAGCCGUCUUGUCCGAGGUGUUGAAACCAAAACAAACAUUAUUUAUGAAACUGGCACAUUUGUGUGCGUCGAACGUCUGCUCAGAACGUCACCACAGGAGACUCGCCUCUCCCUUCCUCUGGACACCACUUCAAAAUGUUGCCCUUUAUGCCUCCUCAAGGGGCUUCUGCCUUGCCGAGGGGCACAGGGUAGAAACGUGUUGACUUAAAAAAUAUUAACCUGAAAGCAACUGUUGACAAAAGUAAAAGAGAUCAGAAGUUAUGAAGAACCUCAAGAAGAAUAUCUAUCUGUGCAGUGAGGCGUUCUGAUGUUCUGCUCUCCUGGAUCUGUGCCGUGCGAGGUGUCUAACCCUGUGGACUUUUGGGUUUGGUCAGGUUCUGGCCUCAUGUUGGGAAUGGCUGUGUUCAGAGUGAGAGUCCUUGGAGCUGGUCAGCCCAUAGCAGAAGUAUAUACAUGUUUGUGGCUCCUUUUCCUUUUCUUCUUUUGUUUAAAGGGUUCAGCAGAACUGGGCAUGGCUAGUUCAUAAAGGAUUUUGAAUAUCAGGGAAAAAAUAUAUGUAUGUGUGUACCUCUAAAGUAAUUUCUUCUUGUCUGAAGGAAAAAGAAUGCACUAGGCAGCCUUUGGUUAGUAACAUCCUGUGUGUGUCUCUGUGCCCUGUCAUAGUUCUUACAUUGUCGGUCUUAGACAUCUAAUUGCCAAAUAUCACUGUGGUCAUUUGAAUGCAUGGUGGUUUGGUUGGUGGAAAAAGCACACUGUCCAGGCUGGACUAGAAACCUGCUGACUCGGGGGGUACCACAGCUGUGGGUCAGGGGUUCGGGUGGCUUCUGGAAGCAGGGACUUGGGUUGGCUUCUCAGGUUGAUCGGGGUUCCUGUUUCACUGUUCCCUGGGGGGAUGCUCCUGCUAAAGCCGACUGGCAGUGCCUUUGGGGCCCUGGGACUGUCUUCUCCCCGGAAAGGUGUUUUGUACUUAAAAAAAAAAGCCCUUUUCUGGCUUCCUGCA